CAGAAGAGCGGCUCCAAGGGGCUCUAUUUCAUCCUGAAUCUCGCCGUGGCAGAUGCCAUAGUCGGCUUCACCGUCGUGGGCCUGGUGAUGGACGAGUUUUCCCAGCCCUUCCGUCCUCCCCAGAUCUUCUGCGCCCUGAGGAUGGCUUUCGUGACCGCCUCUUCCGCUGCCUCUAUCCUGUCCCUCAUCCUGGUCGCCUGCGACAGGCACUUGGCCAUCAGGAAGCCUUUCCACUACGUCCAGCGGGUGACGGGCCUGCGGGUCGGGGUGCGCUUGGUGGGGCUCUGGCUGGUUGCCGCCAUCAUCGGCUUCCUCCCCGUCUUCACGCCAGGCUUCCAGAAGUUCUCCAGCGAUAAAAAGUGCUCCUUCUUCGGGGUCUUCCACCCUGCCUACAUGCUCGCCGUCUUCUGCAUCGGCUUCCUCCCGGCGCUCUUCCUCUUCAUUUACCUCUACUGCGACAUCCUGAAAAUCGCCUCCGUGCACGUGCAGCACAUCCAGGAGGUGGAGCAGGCGGGGGGCUGCCCCCCACCCCGCCCCACCAGCGACAUGAAGGCCAUGCGCACCGUCGCCGUGCUCAUCGGGUGCUUCACGCUGUCCUGGCUGCCGUUCUUCAUUGCCAUCGGCCAGAUCGUCUGCUCCGAGUGCUUCCCUGACCAAGUCGUCGAGAAGCUCUGGCUGCUGGGGCUGGGCAACUCCCUCCUGAACCCCCUGCUCUACUCCUACUGGCAGAAGGACGUGCGGCUGCAGCUCUCCCAGCUGGCUGCGGGCGUGAAUAGGAGAGUCCUCCUUCA